AUCUGCGUCCCCUUUUUCAUUCCCUCUUCACUUGCAAUCUGCUUUCAUAGCCCUUCAUACGCGCUUCAUUGAGUUGGUCCUCUUCUUCUUUCUCUACCUUCAUUUUCCAUCGCAAGCAAGUUCAAACUUUUCAGUUUUCAGGAUAAGGGAUUCUGGUUCAUGAAGGAGGUAUUCAAUGAGAUUUACAAGGCUGAUUCUGCGGCAUUGUUUUUGAAGUAGGCUAUAAUUAUGAGUACCGCACAGCAAGAGAAGUUUGUUAGGUUUCGGGAUUCCAGUUUGGAUAAGAGUUCUGAGGGCAAUUAUUCUGAGACUAAAAUUUCACAGUCAGGGAUAUUUAGAACUACAUUAAGUUCAGUUUCGGAGAAGUUUCAAAAUGGAUUGGAAUCUGGUUCUGAUAGGAUGAAAAGAUUCAGAACAUCAUUCAAAUCUUUUCCCUUUAGUAGUGUUCUUUCUAGAAGCUCUAGUUCUAGAAAGAAAAUACUUGAUCCACAGGGUCCAUUCCUUCAAAGGUGGAACAAGAUUUUUGUAUUAUUAUGUGUUAUCGCAGUAUCACUGGAUCCUUUGUUCUUUUAUGUCCCGGUUAUUGAUGAUGAGAAAAAAUGUCUUUCACUGGACAUUAAGAUGGAGAUUACAGCAACUGUCUUAAGAUCUUUCUCUGAUGCUUUUUAUAUAGUCCACAUGAUUUUCCAAUUUCGUACUGGAUUCAUUGCUCCCUCUUCUCGUGUAUUUGGAAGAGGUGUUUUGGUUGAAGAUUCUUGGGCAAUAGCAAGGAGGUAUCUAUCAUCAUAUUUCUUAGUUGACAUUCUUGCUGUUCUUCCCCUCCCACAGGUGGUGAUUCUAGUUAUCAUUCCAAAGAUGAGUGGUUUUAAAUCACUUAAUACCAAGAACUUGCUGAAAUUUGUUGUCUUCUUCCAAUAUGUGCCUCGUUUAUUGCGGAUCAUUCCAUUAUAUAGAGAAGUUACAAGGGCCUCUGGCAUUCUCACUGAAACCGCUUGGGCUGGAGCUGCAUUUAAUCUCUUUCUUUACAUGCUUGCAAGUCACGUUGCUGGUGCCUUUUGGUACUUGUUUUCUAUAGAACGAGAAACCACAUGUUGGCAAGAAGCCUGUCGAAGCAAUGCAACAGUGUGUAACAAGGCAGAUAUGUAUUGCAAUGAUUAUUGGGGUGGGUUGAGCAAAAUUUCGACAUUCCUGAAUACUUCUUGCCCAAUUCAGAAUGAAGAUAAAAAUCUCUUUGAUUUUGGAAUGUUCCUUGAUGCUCUUCAAUCUGGUGUUGUGGAGUCAAGAGAUUUUCCACAAAAAUUCUUUUACUGCUUUUGGUGGGGCUUAAAAAAUUUGAGUUCUCUUGGUCAGAACCUAGCAACGAGUACCUAUGUUUGGGAAAUAUGUUUUGCAGUUUUCAUUUCUGUAUCUGGUUUGGUGUUAUUUUCAUUCCUCAUUGGAAAUAUGCAGACAUAUUUGCAGUCAACAACCACAAGAUUGGAGGAGAUGAGAGUAAAGAGGAGAGAUGCAGAACAGUGGAUGUCUCACCGAUUACUUCCUGACGGCCUGCGAGUGCGAAUCAGACGAUAUGAACAGUACAAAUGGCAAGAAACCAGAGGCGUAGAUGAAGACAAUUUGGUUCGUAAUCUUCCCAAGGAUUUAAGAAGAGACAUUAAGCGACAUCUUUGUUUGGCUUUGCUGAUGAGAGUGCCAAUGUUUGAGAAAAUGGAUGAACAACUUCUGGAUGCAAUGUGUGACCGUCUCAAGCCGGUGCUGUUCACCGAAGAAAGCUACAUCGUCAGGGAAGGAGACCCAGUUGAUGAGAUGCUCUUUGUAAUGCGUGGUAAGUUAUUGACCAUAACAACCAACGGUGGAAGAACUGGUUUCUUCAACUCUGAGUAUCUAAAAGCUGGUGACUUUUGUGGAGAGGAGCUUCUGACAUGGGCCUUGGAUCCUCAUUCCUCAUCCAGCCUUCCCACUUCAACAAGAACUGUUCAAACUCUUUCAGAAGUGGAAGCCUUUGCCCUCAAAGCUGAUGACUUGAAGUUUGUGGCGUCACAGUUUCGGCGGCUUCACAGCAAGCAGCUGCGCCACACUUUCCGGUUCUACUCGCAACAGUGGCGCACCUGGGCGGCGUGCUUCAUUCAAGCUGCGUGGCGGCGGUAUAGUAAGAGGAAGCUUGAAGAAUCCCUGGUUGAAGAAGAGGAGAAUAGACUGCAAAAUGUGUUGGCUAAAUCAGGUGGAAGCUCACCAAGCCUUGGUGCUACAAUAUAUGCUUCAAGGUUUGCUGCUAAUGCACUUACAUUGCUUCGCCGUAAUGGUGCAAAGAAGGGUAGGGUGCCUGAGAGAUUACCGCCUAUGCUGCUUCAGAAGCCUGCAGAACCUGAUUUUACUGCGGAUGAGGAAUAGAGAGUGUGAUUUUGAAGCACAAAUGAUGAACAUGGAUUGAUAUUUUGGUAGAAUUGUAUAUGUAAUAUUUUGGUAGAACAAGGCAAGUUGUAUAUAAUAAUAUCCUGUUAUUGAAUGCUUUUUAAUAUAAUGUUUUUCGUUUCUUCUUUUUUUUA